CCCAUUUUCUUAGAACUCACGAGUCACUACAAGUGAUCUAAUUAAUUAACAGAUUAGAAUGAGGUUGUGUAUGUGCUUAUGGGUGCUAGCAGCAGUUUGCAGUUUGGCCUCUAAUCUGGGGGCCUUGGCUGAGCAAUGCGGCAGCCAAGCUGGAGGGGCCGUAUGUCCCGGAGGGCUUUGUUGUAGCCAGUACGGUUUCUGUGGCACCACUAAUGAUUAUUGCGGUGCUGGUUGUCAAAGCCAGUGCACUGCUGGGGGCUCGCCGUCGACGCCCUCCACGCCAACUCCUACCCCCAGUGGCGGCGGCGGCGAUAUUAGUUCACUCAUUAGCAAAGACCUGUUUGAACAGAUUCUAAAGCACCGUAAUGAUGCUGCUUGCCCAGCCAAAGGCUUCUACACUUACGAAGCUUUCAUCAACGCCGCCAAGUCCUUCGGCGCCUUUGCAACCACUGGUGAUACAAAUACCCGGAAAAGAGAAAUCGCCGCCUUUUUGGCUCAAACUUCUCAUGAAACUACAGGUGGGUGGCCUUCUGCACCAGAUGGACCCUAUGCUUGGGGAUAUUGCUUCAAGCAGGAACAAGGCAACCCUCCAGAUUAUUGUGUUGCAAGUCAACAAUGGCCUUGUGCACCUGGUAAAAAAUACUAUGGCCGGGGUCCCAUCCAAAUUUCCUACAACUACAACUAUGGCCCAGCAGGAAAUGCCAUAAACUAUAACCUGUUAAACGACCCAGACGCAGUGGCAAACGACCCUGUUAUUUCAUUCAAGACUGCUUUCUGGUUCUGGAUGACUCCACAGUCACCGAAACCUUCAUGUCACGCUGUAAUCACUGGCCAGUGGCAGCCGUCCGCUGCUGAUACUCAGGCGGGGCGGGUCCCCGGCUAUGGGGUCAUCACCAACAUCAUCAACGGCGGUAUAGAAUGCGGCAAAGGUUACGCACAGAUGGAGAAUCGGAUUGGAUUCUAUAAGAGAUACUGCCAAAUUUUGGGAGUGGACACUGGCAGUAACUUGGACUGCAGUAAUCAAAGGCCUUUUAAUGCUUAAACAGAGCCAAAAUGAAUCAAUAAUGUUACAUGUUGAUCAAAUAAAACAUCAAUAAUAAUAAGUUGAUCACUUCUAUAUUACAUAUUAA